AUUAUCUUAAUUGCUUAUAUAGGUACUGAGUAUAAUUAUAAAUAAUAUACUUAUCAUUGGUCUGGAGUUGUUUGUACCUAGCGCAUCUCGCGACCAGUCGUUUCUGAACAUAUAUAAAUAUUUCAAAAUGAAGAACUGUGUGAUUCUAGUGCUCUGUUUUGUAUUCUCAUCAUCAGAAGCACCUUCACCGCAAGUCAGUAAGCAAUAUCGAACAGACUAUGAAUAUAACAGAAAAACCGAUGCAUUUUACAAACUCCAUAUAGAGACAACCCCCCACUACCUCGUGCAGCCACUGUGUCAGGUGGAGGGGGCCGAGCUGAUGGUUCCACGGUCAGAUUACGAUAUAGAACAAAUGCACGCUAUGUUCAAGAAGUUCCCUGAUAUUGGGAACUACGUGUGGGUGGGCAAUGAUGGCAAGAAUCAUGAGUCUGCUGAAGAGGAGCCUAUUAUUAAUUUGGAGGAACCACCGAGUUUCUCAGAUAAGUUCAGUACAUGUGUGGUGGGCACGAGGACGGGCGACGUGGAGUCAUCAGUGUGCUACCGAGCGCUGCCGUUCAUCUGUAAAGUGUCCGCCAUGGACGCGCCUUACGAUCGACACUGCAAUGUUUAUGGAAGAGAUUACAAAUACUACGCUUCAACGGGAAGCUGCUACAAGAUCCCUAACAUAGCCUUCCCUUGGAGUGAAGCUUACGCGGAGUGUCAGGCAGAGGGCGCUCACCUCGUGGUGGUAAACUCCGAGGCUGAACACUUGGCCAUGAAGAACCUUACAGCCGCUGCCCCCAAGGUCCGCGGCGCCAAAGCCUCGUACUUCUUCUUUGCUGGCUUCAGAGCUCAGAAACCCGUCGGGAACGAGACUGUUGUAUUUAAAACUAUUUUCAAUGAAACCCUAUCCCAAGCGGGCUAUGAAAGCUGGGCAGACAACGAACCGAACAACUCCAACGGCGAAUACUGUGGCUCCAUCUUUCUGAACGACGGCAAACUAAACGAUCUCCACUGCCAUGAUACCUUUGCAUUUAUUUGCGAAAAAGAGGUUUCAUCGUGAUGUAGGCAUCUUACAAAAUUAUUGUUAUAGAACAUAAGAUAUUAAUAGCUAUCGUGAUAUACAUAAUUUAGUUUCCUAAUUAGGUUUGUUUAAGUAACUCUUCGUGGUGGUUUAUCUAGUUUGAUAUAAUAGAGUAGUAUUCACGCCGAACUGACAUGAUUGUGAGCCCUGAUUGUAGCUUGAACUUAAUCGAGCACCCUUGAACAGUUACGUGAGUAAGCUAUUAUUAAGUGAUCUGGAGAUAUAGUUUUGAUUGUCAAUCAUUUGACGAGAAUAUAAUUUUGCGAUGUAUUUUUGACUAGCUUAUCGUAUAUUAAAAAUACGAUUAAAAGGGUUAUGAGUUCAUCGACAUUUGGUAUUAAGAUUUCGUUUAUUAUUUUUGUUAAGUUCCAUUAAUCAUCACUCGAGUUAAUUAGGUAUUGACUAAGAAGUUAAAUUAUCCGGUUAGAUAUGUCUGUAUAUUCAUAUAAGUAAACUUAAUAUUUUUCGUUCACUAUGCGACAAAGCCACGGAGUAUAGAAAGUUAAAAUAAGUAAAUUAUUUUAUAACAAUAAGACUGUUAGUUCUAAAGCGUAAACUUGUGAAGAAAUAUUAUAAAAAUGGAUUAAAAAAUGAUUGAAAGAGUG